UGGUAUGAAAAGGUUGUCGCUAUUGACAGCGCUGGUUUGUGGUGCCAUUUUGUCUGUUGAAGUGGGGUAAAAGUCCGUGCCCGAAUUGAAGAUCUGGAGUCGAAAGAGAGGACCCUCAACGAAGAUAUAUCUCUCCGGCACUCAAAACACAAUGAUCUGAUCACGGAACGAGGCGCUUCCCGUCCAAACUUACAGCCUCGAGUUAAGAGUGUCGUCUCCUCAUCAGGAAGGCGAGCAUAGUCUUGGCAAAGUAAGGGGAAGGAAGAUAACGAUCCAAUGGUGGGGUGCAGAUAAGGCGAGUACCGGUAACACAACCAAUAUCUGCGAGUUCUUGUCCCUUGAAACAACUGCACAGAUACUGGUCUCAGAACGGGAAAAGGAAAAAUGGCCACCACGAAGUCUCCUGUGGUCGAUAUCCAUACACAUGUCUACCCGCCAUCCUACAUCGAGCUCCUGAAGUCCCGGGAUGCUAUCCCCUAUAUCCGCUCUUUUCCACCGUCUCCCGCUCUCCGCUUGGUUAUUCUUCCCGCCGAGGACACGGAGAGUACCUCACGUGGGCGACCAGUCGGGCCAGAGUACUAUGAUAUUACCAAGAAGAUCGAGUUCAUGGACAGACAUUCGAUUGAUGUUUCGGUUAUCUCUUUGGCGAAUCCAUGGCUUGAUUGGGUACCAGCAGCAGAGGCAGGAAAAGCCGCUGAGGGAAUCAACAACGAGGUCAAUGAGGAGUGUGGGAGGUACCCUGGGCGGUUAUUUGCCUUUGGGACAUUACCGCUAAGUGGAGGAAAGGAUGUCAUCGUGAAAGAGAUUGCGAGAUUAAAAGAGCUGAAGUACAUGCGGGGUAUCAUUCUUGGUACGACAGGCCUAGGAAAGGGACUCGACGAUCUAGAGCUACUCCCCAUCUUCCAGGCACUGCAAGACGCCAAGCUUCCUAUCUUCUUGCAUCCUCACUACGGCUUACCGGGUUCUGUUUGGGGAGAAAGAGCAAACGAGUAUGGUCAUGUGCUCCCACUUGCCUUGGGCUUCCCACUUGAGACGACUAUCGCUGUCACAAGAAUGAUCCUAUCUGGCGUCUUCGAGAAAGUACCCGAGCUGCAGAUGAUCUUGGCCCACUCAGGAGGCACCCUGCCAUUCCUUGCGGGAAGAAUAGAGUCAUGCAUAGAGCACGACGCUCACUUGAAAGCAGAAGGAAAGCUAGGGAAAGGAAGAAAGACCGUUUGGGACGUAUUAAAGAAGAACAUCUACCUAGAUGCGGUCAUCUACAGCGAAGUCGGCUUGAAGGCAGCCAUCCAAGCCAGCGGACAGGACAGGAUCAUGUUUGGAACUGAUCAUCCGUUUUUCCCACCACUAGAAGGAGAGAAUGAGACCUGGGCAAGUGUGGAGACCAACUACGAGGCUAUCUUUGGUGCAUUAGGAAGCGGGAGCGAUGGGGCGUUGGCUGCAUUGGGAGGGAACGCUGUGAGGGUCUUGAACUUGUCGAUAUGAAGGAUCUUAAUACAGAAGAACCCUCAUCAAGAUUAUUACCAUCAGAUCACUACGACAGGACGUUGGCAAUCUGCUUUGAAGAAUCG